CUCUCAGCCUGCUCCAGGGCCCUGAGCUGUUCUGUCUCCACCUCGCAUGGGCUGGGCACUCCUCAGCUCGCUCACUCAGCUGGCACACCUCUGCCAGGCACAGGAUGCAUGCGCCGGGCACCAGAGCGAAGAUGUCCAGCAUCUUUGCCUAUCAGAGCUCCGAGGUGGAUUGGUGCGAGAGCAAUUUCCAGCACUCAGAGCUGGUGGCCGAGUUCUUCAACACGUUCAGCAAUGUGUUCUUCCUUAUCUUUGGACCCCUCAUCAUGUUCCUCAUGCAUCCGUAUGCCCAGAAGCGCACCCGGGCCAUCUAUGGAGUCUCGGCCCUCUUCAUGGUCGUAGGUCUGUUCUCCAUGUAUUUCCACAUGACCCUGAGCUUCCUGGGACAGAUGCUGGACGAGAUCUCCAUCCUGUGGUUACUGGCCAGCGGGUACAGCGUGUGGAUGCCCCGUUGCUACUUUCCCAAGUUCACCAAGGGGAACAGGUUCUACUUCAGCUGCCUGGUAGUUUUGACCACUAUGAUCAGCACCUCCCUGACGUUCGUGAAGCCCACAGUCAAUGCGUACGCACUCAACAGCAUCGCCAUACACAUUCUCUACAUAGUGCGCAAAGAGUACAAGAAGACCAGCAAUGGGGACCUUCGGCAUAUGAUUGAGAUGUCUGUGAUCUUGUGGGCCAUGUCGCUGACUAGCUGGAUCAGUGACCGUAUACUCUGCAGUUUCUGGCAGCGGAUUCACUUCUUCUACCUGCACAGCAUUUGGCACGUCCUCAUAAGUAUCACAUUCCCUUACGGUAUCGUGACCAUGGCCCUGGUGGAUGCCAAAUAUGAGAUGCCAGAUCAAACCCUCAAAAUCCACUACUGGCCCCGAGAUAGUUGGCCUAUCGGGCUACCCUACGUGGAGAUCCAGGACAAUGACAAGAGCUGCUGAGCCCUGCUGGGGUCUCUGCUCUCUGACCAGCCACCCGGUCUCCUGUGUUCCCGGUCUCCUGUGUUCCGAGGGAGGAGGACAGGACAGGACUUCAGCUGGGACACUUGCUGGCCCCUCACCCACGCUCCUCACUCUGUUGGCACAAGAUGGGCUUUCUUGUGGCUCUGGGUACAAGUGUGGUGACUGAGGGGCAGGGGCUGCCUGGUGUGUGGACUGGCUGGCCUGGCUCCUCCUUCUGCCUGUGGGACCGCAGCUUCUCCACGGCCGUGGCUGUGGUGGUGGGUGGCUGGGUGGAAGGGUAGGUGGCGACGCAGCACCGGCUGAAAGCAUGCUUGCUCUCUGGCCUCUUGCGCAUCUUCGACUGCUUAUGAGUGUUACAGACUCACCUAGGGUCGUCACUGUGUUCUGGGAAAGUGGGGCUACCCUAGAGAACAUUCUCGGCUCCACUCCAUACUGACAGGUACAUGUGUAGAUCUCUUAGAACCACCACAGAAACUCAGGGCAUGGAGGCGAACAUGAGAACCAUGAGUGACGACGUAGAUGGCCAACCUGGGUGAAAUCAUGGAGCAGGGUGUAUCAGGCGGAAGCAUUUCAGAGUGGCCAUGCUAGGCACUUAGAGGGAAGGCUAGCAGGAAAAGGAGGUUUCCAUGAUGGCUAAGGGCACAGAGUUAGAGGCAUGCCCAACUUUGACUUUCUGCUCCACAGAUUUCAAUUUGGAUAGUCGUGAGGGUGUGAUGUUUCCUAGUGCUGAUGUUCAAACACUGUAAAUAAAAUUUCAUUCCC